GUGACACCCUCCCGUGUCAGCUGAACGAUAACGAGAGAGACCCAACCCAGAGAAACUUAACAUAGUAACCUAACUAACUCUACAGAAGAGACCGAACAUCUCAGGAUGACAGCAGCCCGUGGUCCUCAGUCCUCCUAUAAGAAGUAUUUUGGUGGGGAAAGGAACAUGAGCCACUCGUCCUCCUACCCCUCCAGCCGCCAGCUGUACUCCAACCCGGUGACGGUGCGCUCCUCUCGGGUCUCUUUCGGCCUGUCCUCCGCCGCUCCGGGGGUCUACGCAACCAGGACCCAGCGGCUCCGCAGCAGCGCCCCGAUGCCCCGGCUGUCCUCCGAAACCCUGAACUUCUCUCUGUCCGACGCCGUGAACUCCGAGUUCAAGACCAACCGGACCAACGAGAAGGCUCAGAUGCAGUCGCUCAACGACCGCUUCGCGAGCUAUAUCGAGAAGGUCCGGUUCCUCGAGCAGCAGAAUAAGAUCCUGCAGGCAGAGCUCGAGCAGCUACGAGGGAAGGGCACGUCCCGAUCCCGCAUCGGGGACCUGUACGAGGACGAGAUGCGCGAGCUGCGGCGACAGGUGGACCAGCUGACGAACGAGAAGGCGCGAGUGGAAGUGCACCGGGACAACCUGUCUGAUGAUAUAGACCGGCUCAGAGAGAAACUGCAGGAGGAGAUGAUGCAGCGUGAGGAAUCUGAGAGUACCAUGCAGAGCUUCAGAGGGGAUGUGGACAACGCAGCUCUGUCUCGUCUAGACCUGGAGAGGAAGGUGGAGUCGCUUCAGGAGGAGAUCAACUUCCUGAAGAAACUACACGAUGAGGAGCUGUUGGAGCUGCAGUCUCAGGUGCAGGUGUCGCAGCAGGUGCAGAUGGACAUUGAUGUGGUGAAGCCAGACCUGACGGGUGCUCUCAGGGACGUCCGCUCUCAGUACGAGAACCUGGCCUCCAAGAACAUGCAGGAGUCAGACGACUGGUACAAGUCUAAGUUUGCUGACCUGACUGAUUCUGCAGCCCGUAACAACGAGUCUCUACGGAUUGCUAAGCAGGAGGCUAAUGACUACAGACGCCAGGUGCAGGCACUCACCUGUGAGAUCGAUGCCCUGAAGGGAAGCAAUGAGUCUAUGGAGCGGCAGAUGAGGGAGAUGGAGGAGAACUUCAGUAUGGAGUCGUCUGGUUACCAGGACAACGUCAGUGGUCUGGAGGAGGACAUUAGGAACAUGAAGGAUGAGAUGGCCAGACACCUCAGAGAAUACCAAGAUCUCCUCAAUGUCAAGAUGGCCCUGGACAUAGAGAUAGCUACCUACAGGAAACUACUGGAGGGAGAGGAGAGCAGAAUCACCUCUCCAUUGCCAAACUUCUCCUCCUUAAACCUCAGAGAAACCAUGAUGGAUUCCAGACCCAUGGUUGAAACAACAAUGUCCAAAAAGGUUCUGAUCAAGACGAUCGAGACCAGAGAUGGACAGGUGAUCAAUGAGUCCAUGAACCAUGACGACCCCAUCGAUGUCUUCAACUAGAGACCAGCCAUCUACAACACAGAAAAACAUAGAUGAUAUUUGUAUCUAGAUUCUUUUUCUAUAACCCGCAGCCAUAAACAAUAUAUCUGUCUGUUAUAUAUCUUGAUUAUGUUUCUGGACCAUUCCCCCAGACAGGACCACCUACCCACGGUAAACACCCUGACAGGACCACCUACCCACGGUAAACACCCUGACAGGACUACCUACCCACGGUAAACACCCUGACAGGACUACCUACCCACGGUAAACACCCUGACAGGACUACCUACCCACGGUAAACAACCUGACAGGACUACCUACCCACGGUAAACACCUUGACAGGACUACCUACCCACGGUAAACAACCUGACAGGACUACCUACCCACGGUAAACACCCUGACAGGACUACCUACCCACGGUAA